CAUGAUGAAGAGCCUGGUGGGGAUCAUGUGGAUUGUGUUGGUGCUCAUAUCAGGAUGCUCGGGAAAUCCGGACGCAAAGCGCUUGUACGACGACCUGCUCUCCAACUACAACAAGCUCGUCCGGCCGGUCGUCAACGUGACGGACGCCCUGACAGUUAAAAUCAAGCUCAAGCUAUCGCAGCUCAUCGACGUGAACCUGAAAAAUCAGAUAAUGACGACGAAUCUCUGGGUGGAACAGUCGUGGUACGAUUACAAGCUCCAAUGGGAUCCGAAGGAGUACGGGGGCGUCGAGAUGCUGCACGUUCCCUCUGACCACAUAUGGAGGCCCGACAUAGUUUUGUACAACAACGCCGAUGGCAACUUCGAGGUGACCCUGGCAACGAAGGCCACCCUCAACUACACGGGCCGAGUCGAGUGGAAGCCACCAGCGAUAUACAAGUCUUCCUGCGAGAUCGACGUCGAGUACUUUCCCUUCGACGAGCAGACCUGCGUCAUGAAAUUCGGCUCUUGGACCUACGACGGCUUUCAGGUCGAUCUGAGGCACAUAGACGAGGUGCAGGGCAGCAACGUGAUCGACAUCGGCGUUGAUCUCUCCGAGUUUUAUACGUCCGUCGAGUGGGACAUACUCGAGGUCCCGGCUGUCAGGAACGAAAAGUUUUAUACUUGCUGCGACGAGCCGUACCUCGACAUCACUUUCAACAUCACCAUGAGACGCAAGACCCUCUUCUACACGGUCAAUCUCAUCAUACCCUGCAUGGGCAUAUCCUUUCUCACCAUACUCGUCUUCUAUUUGCCCAGCGACAGCGGCGAAAAGGUGAGUCUGUCAAUUUCGAUCCUCCUGUCGCUGACUGUGUUCUUCCUCUUGCUGGCUGAGAUCAUUCCGCCGACUUCCCUCGUGGUGCCGCUUCUCGGGAAAUUCGUCCUCUUCACUAUGAUACUCGACACGCUAAGUAUUUGCGUGACAGUUGCGGUACUGAAUGUGCACUUCCGCUCGCCUCAGACGCACGUGAUGAAGCCUUGGGUGCGCCGAGUAUUCAUUCACGUUUUGCCCAGAUUAUUGGUAAUGCGCAGUUUCAUUCCCAGGCCGCAGUACCAGAUCGACAAGCGCAGCCUUUCGUCUUCUUCGCUUGUCGUCGGCGCUACGGCUGCUACGCAACAUCACCCGCACCGAUCGCCAUCGGCGUCCUCGUCCCAGCGCGUCGUCGUGCGCACCUGCAACGGCCUGGAGCUGCGCCACGACCCCUACGCCGAGGCCUCGGCCUCGGAACUGCUCGAGUCCUCGAUCUUGUUUCCCAGCCUCGAUUCGCGGGACAACAUCAGGGAGCUGGAAGCGAUAAACCUCGGCAGUCAGUGCAGGCUUCAUGGUUCACCCGGUGCUGCUGCAGCGGCGGCCUCGACGACGACUCAUCACCCCUUGCCAACCGAAGACAGCGUCGAGGAGCUCUGCCGUAGUCUGAAUCACUGGCACCACUGCCCCGAGCUGUAUCGGGCCGUCGAGAGCGUGCGCUACAUCGCCGAUCACACGAAGCGCGAAGAGGACUCGACAAAAGUAAAGGAGGACUGGAAGUUCGUGGCGAUGGUGCUCGACCGUCUGUUCCUGUGGAUAUUCACGCUGGCAGUGGUGGUUGGGACCGCGGGUAUUAUUUUGCAGGCGCCAACCCUCUACGACGACAGGCUGCCCAUCGAUGUCCGCCUUUCCGAGAUAGCUUCGACAACGUCCAAACCAGGUUUUUUCAUAAUGCAAUAAAUCUCAGUUACACCCAUUUAGUAUUUAACGAUAUAUUUUGCCAAUUUCGCCAAUUUUUCAAUUGAUACAAACACACUUGACAGUGCGUGAUAAUAUUUUUUAUUAAUUUUAAUAAAUUCGAAAAAAGUAAGCAGUUAAUUUUCUGUUGUUGACAAAUGCAAGAAAACAAUAUCGUUCGUAACACAAUAUUUCCACGCACUAAAAGUCAGACAGACUUACGUAACAGUAUAUAAUAUAUGCGUAUAGCUUUGUUGCGCCAUAUGCCACACCGAUAAACCAAAACUAUUUUUUUCACUGAUGCAGUGAUCACGACCCUUUGAGACGGCCAUAGCUAUCACGAUUGCCACUCACACCACCACGACUACUGCUACUCACUACUACCACUACUACUAAUGGCACCUUCGUCUUCUUCGCUUGUCGUCGGCGCUACGGCUGCUACGGUACCUUCCGCUAUACGAUUCGGAGAUAAUUUUUUUUUUUUAUUUUCCAUUAUAAUGAAAUGGCACCUACAACUCGACGCCAAGUAUCAAAAGCUAUCACCUUCGUUUUUCACGUCAAAUUAAAUUCACUCCGACAAAAGCCCAGCAAAAUGACGAAUUUCAAGAGCCCAUCGUUUCUGUGUACAUAGUGGAAUUUAAGCUCGGAGGUGCUCAAGAAGUGUUUGGUAUUUUUUUUGUUUUUGUUUUGUUGUCAAUCGUGCCAGAGCUUUACGGUCCUGUUCUCGGUCUUGAACGAAGAGCUUUAGCUCUCGAGUGACAAUGCACAAAGCCUUUUUUUUUUUAUCGUCUUUGUCGUCGUGCUCGUUUGGCCACUAUGGAUGUAUAUUAUAUUAUUCGGUCCGAUCUCGUGUCGCGCUGUUUCUAUUCAUCGGCACCGCGAAGGACACCGUCGUCGAGUCAUGAAACACAUCUGAAGAAUCGCAUUUUUCGCCAAACAAAGAGGUCACGCGAUUUUGAAUCCGGAAGCGAGCUCGCGAUCGUUUAAGGACAACUUGUUUCGACUUGGAGCUUCGUCCUCGAGAGCAAUUCUCCUGUACGCGCGCGCAUGGACAUACGUCUCGUCUUAACCCACUUCCAAUCGGUGCGGAGUUCAAAACAAAAAGGUUUGUGCGUAUAUGUGUGUGUGUGUGUGUAGGGUGUUUGCAAGGAGUGGCGGUGACAUUAUGUACGAGCGUCUCGCAGAGCACACGUAAUUCGUAAAGUAUUGUUCGGCAAACAAAAAAAAAUUUACGACGGAUUCGUUGGCAACGUGUAUGCUAUAUGUGGGAAUGAAAGUGUGAGUGAAUGAGCGAUAAUACAGGGGAUUGACGGUCGCGCGGUGCACUACGUUAAAGGAUUUCAUUACGAAAACAAAAAGAAAAUAAUAAUAAUAAUAAUCGCUUCCGUUUCUUCUUUUUUUUUUGUGCUUUUGAACAAAACAUCUCACAUUUACCUACUCAUUUUUUGUUUAAUUUUUUUUUAUCCCUAUCAAAUGUGAAAAAAUACUGGAUUGCGCAUUUUAUCCUCGCUACGGUAAACAAGAGAAGUGAGAUUUGCGGAGAAAAAAAAAAUUGCGAAAAUAUUAAUGGUGGGAUGGAGAACGAGAGUUAAAAAUCGAGAUAAAAAUAAUACCUGCACUCAAGGGGCCACAAUAUUACACAGUGAGAAAGAAGGUGUCGAAAGCAAGAAUGUAAUUACCGAAAAGGGUAAGAAGUUAACAAAAGCGGUAUAAAAAAAAAAAAAACGGACAAACCGUAAAAAAAAUACACUCGUACCGCGUUAUAUAUAUUAUACUAUGCAAUGAAAAAAAUUCUAAAUAAAUCUGCAUCGAGGUGUAACGUUGUAACAACGUGUAUAUGCGGGAAGGCAAAUCGUGGGGUCCACUUAAAAAAAAAAAUAAAAAAAAAUAAAUGAAAUUAAA